UGACUAUGAGCACUGACUCAUUGUCAUGGACAAUCCAGGUAGAGAGGGUGCUACCAAACAACAUAUGAUUGAUUGUUAUAUACAAACUCUUGCUAAGGUUGUCAGAAGUGAAGCAGAAGCUAAUAAGAGGAUUUAUAAUGUUUCUUGUGAGAGUUACUUUGGAUUUGGGGGUGAUAUUGACGAGGAGACAUCUAAUAAACUAGAAGGGUUGCCCGACGUACUGUUUGUCCUCCCUGAUUCAUACAUUGACCCAGAGAAUGAGGAUGAUGGCGGGAGAUCGUGCAGAGAUCACCUGAAAGACAGAGAAGGGUGGAGUCGCAGCCGUAGAGACACCAGGAUAGACCAAGAUACAAUGAUAGAAAUAGGUAUGUCCGGCGUAGGGAAGAUCGGUGUUGAAGGGGCCAUAUUAUACAUCAAUCGUAUAUUAGGAUCAUUUUAGUCCCCUUGGGAUUUUGGAUCUUUUUGUUCGAUGGUUGUGUGUGCCGUUACCAACUUUAAAUGGCCUUAGUAAUAUUUUGAUUAUAUUAAUCUUAUCAUCCCUUA